AAUUCACCCAAAUUCAAAACCCUAGAAACUACAUCUUCUUCAAAUUUCUCUGUGAAAAUGUCUGGUCGUGGAAAGGGAGGCAAGGGAUUGGGAAAGGGAGGAGCCAAGAGGCACAGGAAGGUUCUAAGAGACAACAUCCAAGGUAUCACUAAGCCAGCGAUUCGCAGGCUUGCUCGUAGGGGUGGUGUGAAGCGUAUCUCUGGUCUCAUCUAUGAGGAGACCCGUGGAGUGUUGAAGAUCUUUUUGGAGAAUGUGAUUCGCGAUUCUGUCACCUACACUGAGCACGCCAGGAGGAAGACUGUCACUGCUAUGGAUGUUGUCUAUGCUCUUAAGAGACAGGGAAGGACUCUCUAUGGAUUUGGCGGUACUUCAUCUUCUUCAAAUUUCUCUGUGAAAAUGUCUGGUCGUGGAAAGGGAGGCAAGGGAUUGGGAAAGGGAGGAGCCAAGAGGCACAGGAAGGUUCUAAGAGACAACAUCCAGGGUAUUACUAAGCCAGCCAUUCGCAGGCUUGCUCGUAGGGGUGGUGUGAAGCGUAUCUCUGGUCUAAUCUAUGAGGAGACCCGUGGAGUGUUGAAGAUCUUUUUGGAGAAUGUGAUUCGUGACUCUGUCACCUACACUGAGCACGCCAGGAGGAAGACUGUUACUGCUAUGGAUGUUGUCUAUGCCCUCAAGAGACAGGGAAGGACACUCUAUGGGUUUGGUGGUUAGAUCAGUUGUUAGGCGCAUUAGAUGUAGAUCUAAUGUUAAUUUCUGUGUUUUGGCAUCUCUGUGACUGUUCGUAAGCUCUAGAUAUUGUAAUUUCUCAUUACAUAUUCAAUGAACAAAGCUCAGUUUCUACAAAUUACA